AUGUUUGUUCCACUACUUAUCGGCUUAGCUCUGGCCUACUUUGGCUGGAGUGUGGUCUGCCUAGAGCGUAACGUCAGAAAAGCCCGAUCUUUGGGCAUUCCCGUCGUGCGACUGCCCAUCGACCCAGUCAACUUUCUCUGGGUAUUCCUCCAAGGUUAUGUCUGGAGAAUGCUCGACCUUCUUCCGAUUGCAUGGCCUUCCUAUCCUGACUUCGUCAGGUUUUCUUACCGCGGCUGGCAUUUUCGCGAAAAGUCCAGUCCCGCAGUGCGCUUCGGGCCGAUUAUUAACACCCAGCGAAUAGAGCUCCUUGAGGUCUACGGACCGUGUAUUUCUACAGCUGGGUGGGAUGACUGGCCGCGUCAUCGUAAGGUUCUAGCUGCACCUUUCAAUGAGCGUAUAAUGUCUUUUGUCUGGGAUGAGAGCCUCCGUCAAGCUGAAGCCAUGUUGCGUUCUUGGUGCAGCCCCCUGCAAUCUAAAGAUGGCGUUCGCAGCGUACAGAGGGACACCAGAACACUGUCUCUGAACGUCCUCGCCGCCACUGGAUUCCGUAAGACGUAUGACUUUAGGGGCUCUGCCGAUGUUAUCGCUGUGCAGGACGAGGCAGGCAGCUACCGUGACGCUCUACAGACAGUCCUUGAUAACGCCCUUCUUAUAAUGAUUCUCCCGUAUAAGUACCUCCGGGGCUCACUAAUGCCCAGGAAACUUCUACGGAUUGGAAACGCAGCAAGGUCAUUCAAGAGACACAUGGUACAGAUGCUUGAGGACGAAACUACCGCUCUGAGGAACAAUAAGCCCGAUUCUGGCAGCCUCAUGGGCGCGUUCGUGCGUGCACUUGACAGGCAUGAGCGAGAAACUGUGACGCAGCCCGACUUAAGAGGAAGUAAAGAUGGGAAAAGAGGCCUUUCCAUAGAAGAGAUAUUUGGAAAUCUUUUCGUCAUCAAUUUCGUAAGUAAGGGCUCAUUCAGUGCAGUGACUUUUGUAUAUUUGCUAACACUUCACAAGGCUGGACAUGAUACGACCGCCAACACCCUUGCAUUUACCAUGCUUCUCUUGGCCGCCCACCCAGAGGCACAAGCCUGGGUAGCGGAGGAAGUCUCAACUCUUACCGUCGCAAAGAAUCAUGCUGUCGAUGAAUGGGAUUAUGAGUGCAUAUUUCCACGACUUAGGCGUUGCCAGGCGGUUCUCCUUGAGACUUUGCGUCUCUACCCUCCAAUCAUGUCUCUGCCGAAAUGGACAAAAGAUCAUUCCCAGGCGAUUCAAGUGGGGGACAAGACUUUGGUGAUCCCGCCCGGCGUUGGAACUUCUGCUCACCUCCUCGCCGUCCACACCCACCCAAAGUACUGGAGGGACCCCUUUGUCUGGAGGCCAUCGCGAUGGAUUAUUGAUCGUGAAGAAAGGGCAACUGGCUCAAAGGACUCCGGCGAGGAGCUGUGGACACCGCUUCCUCAUACGUACUUUCCCUGGUCCGAUGGGCCCCAGAACUGCCCAGGUGAAAAGUUUUCCAAAGUUGAGACAGUAGCGGUCCUGGCAUGUUUAUUGAAAAGCCACCGUCUCAGAGUCAAGAAAUUCCCAGGGGAGGCCGAAGAGGCUGCGAGAGAGCGCGCUAUCAAGUGUACUAACAAUGUGAAUCUGGAAAUCCUGCUGAGGAUGCGGGAUGCAGAUAGUGUGAGGCUAGUAUGUGAGAAAGCCUGA